AACCAGUGAUGGUAAAGAUCUAUUAGCAGCGCUACUAAACUAUUGACCAGCUAGCCAGUCCUAAUCGCCAUGAAGUUCGUAGUCUUUAUUUCCACCUUCGUACUGGCCACAUUUUCGUACGUAAGAGCUAACAAUAAUGCAGUAACCUACGUUGCCACACCACUGCUACGCACUUAUCCCUAUGUUUAUAGCGCGCACAGUUCGUCCCUCGUCACACCCACUCAGCAGCAAUAUCACACCCAGGAUGGCUUAGGACAGUACGCGUAUGGUUAUUCAGAGCCUCAUUCUACAAAGCAGGAGAUACGCUCAGUAGACGGGAUCACACGUGGCUCAUAUAGCUAUCGGGACGCUGCGGGAAAAUUACAAACUAUAGACUACACCGCAGACGAUAACGGUUUUCGUGUCGCCGCUACGAAUCUGCCUAUCGCCGUAGCCGAUGACCAAUCACUUCAGCCGCCCUUUCGUGGGAGGGCAACGUCAGGCGGAGUUGCCAUUACCGCCGGCGUUGGAGCAGCCAGUGACGUUAACUUUGCAGGUCAUAAGGAGGCUUUAUUGCGCCUGGCAGCGGGGGGUAUCAUUAGCGGCGAAUCCAUUACAACCGGCUCAGAUACUCGGUCUGUACAAUUGUCUCAGCCCAUGGAUGAUACAGUUGCCGUGGCCGCUGCAAAGGAGCCUCAACUACACCCGCAUGAUCCAGAGAAACAACUGAACGAAAUCAUUCAACAUAGACGUGUUCUUACACCGACAAUUGUCCCAGGCCAAGCCACUAUUCGAACAUCUGUCAUUCCAAGUAUUUACAAUUACGGUUAUCCGUGGAGGUACUUUUACUAUUAGAAAUAUUUUUAAAGUAAAUACAUGCGUAAUAUACCAACAAUAUGAAUGUAUAAAAAAUAUUCAGUAUUUUUGUAAUU